AUGCGGGUCUCCAGUCUGCUGAAGGCGCUCCUCAGCACCAGUUUCCUGGGUCAGGCCUUAACCACCCCAGUCGAGCCGGCCCCAGCGCGCCUCGACCCCGCUAGCAAGAGGAACCCAGUGGUCAGGGGACAGGACCUGCAGGACAUCGUGACCUACGAUGGACAGUCCUACUUCAUCUACGGGGAGCGCAUGUUCCUCUUCUCCGGCUCCUUUCACCCCUUCCGCCUGCCCGUCACCGACCUCUGGAUUGACGUAUUUCAAAAGAUCAAGGCGUUGGGCUUCAACGCCGUCACUUUCUACGUCGACUGGGCCUUGGUAGAGGCGGAGCCUGGUAAUGUGCGAUUCGACGGCAUCUUUGACGUCGAGCCGUUCCUCCAGGCCGCCGCCGCCGCCGGCCUCUACCUCCUCGCGCGCCCGGGACCGUACAUCAACGCCGAGGUCUCCGCCGGCGGCAUCCCUUCCUGGGCGCUGCUCAUCGGGUGCCGGCUCCGUGGCAACUGCACCGAGUGGGAGGAUUCCACCAAGAAUUACAUGGCAGCGAUUGGCAGCAUCAUCGCAAAGUACCAGAUCACCAACGGCGGCCCCAUCAUCCUGACCCAGGUCGAGAACGAAUAUACCAGUUGGCCCGGUGUCGCCGACUUCCCGGCCGAGCUCAACCGCGAGUAUAUGGCGUUCCUGGAAAGUGAGCUGCGCGCCGCGGGAAUCGUCGUGCCGCUCACCUUCAACGACGACGCUCAAGACGGCCUCUGGGCGCCCGGCACCGGUCUGGGCGCCGUCGACGUUUACGGCAUCGACUCCUAUCCUCUCGGGUUUGACUGCUCCGACCCGCUCAGCUGGGGUGCUGCCUCGCUGCCGGCGAACUGGCAGAUCGACCAGAAAACGUGGAGCCCCACGACUCCUUUCACCAUCUUUGAGUUCCAAGGCGGUUCCAUGGAAGGCUGGGGCGACGUGUCGCAGGACCAGUGCAACGCCAUGGUGGGACCAGACGCCGUGCGCAUCUUCUACAAGAACAACUUCUCCUUCGGCAUUAAGUGGUUCAACUUGUACAUGACCUACGGCGGCACCAACUGGGGCAAUCUCGGCUACGAUGGCUGCUACACGUCGUACGACUACGGCGCCGCCAUUAACGAGUACCGGGAGGUGAUCAGAGAGAAGUACAGCGCCGAGAAGCUCGAGGCCAACUUCUUCAAGGUCUCGCCCGGUUACCUCACUGCCACGCCGGGCAACGUCACCGCCGGCGUCUACGCAGACACCGAUGCCGUCUCUACGACGCCUCUUUUCGGCCAGCAGGCCAACUCGAACUUCUAUGUCGUGCGCCAGACGAACUGGAACUCGACAGGUACCGUGGACUACAAGAUCACGCUCGCACCGUCGGGGGGCGACGUGACAAUCCCACAGCUCGGCGGCCAGUUGUCCCUGAUCGGUCGCGACUCGAAGAUGAUGGUCACCGACUACCCCGUCGGCAAACACAGCCUAGUGUACUCGUCGGCCGACAUAUUCAGCUGGGGCAGCAGCAGGUCGGGCAAAACCGCCCUCAUCAUGUAUGCCGCCGAAGGUGAAACCAACGAAUUCUCCAUCAAGCCGUCCGCCGGACGCGGGAAGUGGACCGGACCCAACCCGUCGAGCUCUGGCUCCUCCACGCAAAUGUCCCAGAUGGACUCGGAGACCUGGACGAUCAAGUGGAGCACGACGGAGGCGGCCCAGAGCGUCUCCUUCGGCAGCGAUCUGGUCAUCUACCUACUGUGGCGCAACGACGCCUACCAGUACUGGACUCUUGAGCUGCCGGCUGCGGCGCCGAUAGGCGCCUACUCUCACCCGGGCAAGGAGUACGUCAUCGUGAAGGCCGGCUACCUGAUGCGCACGGCCCAGAUCUCGGGCACCGAGCUGCAGCUGACCGGCGACUUCAACGCCACUACCGACGUCGAGCUGGUCUUCGACCCGACGGACGCGGUACAGUGCAUCACCGUCAACGGGAACCGGCUGAGCACCACAAAAGAACGGGGGGUGCUGAAAGGGACGGUCGAGUACAACCCGCCGUCGCUCGAUUUUCCGGACUUCUCCACGCUCGAGUGGAAGACCAUCGACUCGCUGCCAGAGAUCCACCCGAGCUACGACGACUCGUGCUGGACCCCGUGCGACCAUACGACGUCCACCAACGACCAGCUGGCCCUGCUGACUCCGUUCUCCCUGUUCGCCAACGACUACGGCUAUGACACGGGCUCAUUCGAGUAUCGCGGCCACUUUGUCGCCAACGGCAACGAGAACUACGUCACGCUAAACGUCUCCGGCGGCACCGCCUUCGCCAAUAGCGUUUGGCUCGACCAGACAUUCCUCGGUUCCUACGUCGGGUCCGGUGCCAACUCGGAGUUCAUGAAGACGUACGCCAUCCCGGCCAACGCCACCUCGGCUGGCAAGAACUCGGUGCUCACCGUCGUCAUCGACAUGAUGGGCGAGACCGAGGAAGGCCCCGGCACGGACACGAUCAAGGGACCGAACGGCAUCCUCAACUUCGACCUGGCCGGCCACAGCCAGCGGGACAUCAGCUGGCGCAUGACCGGCAACCUCGGCGGCUGGGCGAACUACCCCGACAAGGCGCGUGGCCCGCGCAACGAGAACGGCAUGUGGGCCAUCCGCCAGGGCUACUUCCAGCCGGACCCGCCGGACACGGACUGGGCCGUUUCGAACCCCAUGGACGGCAUAUCGGGUCCGGGAGUGCAGUUCUACACCACGGAGUUCGACCUCAACAUCCCCGUGGGUUGGGACGUGCCGAUCGGCGUGGCUUUUUCGGACAACAGCUCCGCCAGCUCCGGCCUCUACCGGCUCGACUUCUACAUCAACGGCUACCAGUUCGGCAAGUUCGUGCCAUACGUGGGACCGCAGUUCGAGUUCCCCGUGCCGGAGGGCAUCCUGAACUACGACGGCAAGAACACGCUUGCCAUCUCGUUCUGGGCACUAGAGGAGGGUGGCGCGAAGCUGGGCGGCGUCGAGCUGAAGCCCAAGGCCGUGGUGCUGAGCGCGCUACCAAGACCGGGCCUUAGUCCGCAACCCAAGUGGAUGCUUAGACCGGAUGCGUAUUAA